AUGACUCCAAAUAUUUUAAGCACAGAUUCAAAAAUACUUACGAAAAUAGAUUUACAAAGUGAGAAAUUUUCGAUUACUAACAAUAAGAUGAUAGAUAAUGAAAAUAACAUACAAAAUAGAGAUGAAAACUAUACAAAAACUGAAGGCUGGUUCAAGACAGAGCUGAAAUGGUUUAACAUCUUAGAUCAUAGUUUUCUCCACUUAUACUUAUAUGCCUGUUUUACUUUUAACUUUUUCGAAAAUCUGCUGACGACAACUUGGAUAUAUUGCACGUUUGUAAUAGGAGGAAUUGGUAUCACUGCCGGUGCUCACCGUUUGUGGACUCACCAAACUUAUAAGGCAAAAUGGCAGCUUAUUAGAGCUAUAUUUGCUGUUUUCUAUACUUCGGCUGGCAUGAACAACAUUCACGAAUGGGUGCGAAAUCAUCGGGUACACCACAAGUAUACGGAUCCGGAUGCGGAUCCAUGUAAUAGUAACCGAGGGUUCUUUUUCUCUUAUGUCGGUUGGCUGAUGAUGAAAAAGCACCCAGAUGUGAUUCGAAGAGGUCGUCAGGUAGAUAUGAGCGAUGUAUUGACUCGAUCCUAUUGUUGCAUUCCAAAUCAACCGUGUUUGCUGGCGGAUAAAAUGAAGGAGAUAUUUGCCAAGGAGCCAAAAGUUAAAAUAUUUUGCCCCUCCCCAAUGGGAGAGGUAAGAUUGAUAGGGCUGGACGAAUCGCUAAAUGCAAAGGAAAUAAUAAACGCAAUAGUAAGGAGCAAUGGGGUUGAACCUGGUGAGGUUAAAGUAGGCAGAAAGAUCUGGGCAAGAGAUUGCACGGUCAGCACGUGGAUAAGAUGCCCGCUGGAGGCAGCCAUUGAAUUGGCGGACACGGGUAGAAUAAGAAUUGGAUGGUCGUCAGCGAGAGCCGUAUUGAUGGACAGGAGACCGCCUAAGUGUUAUAGAUGUUUGGCUGCGGGACACACUAGAAUGUUUUGUCCUAGCGAGGUUGAUCGUACGGGGGCUUGCUUCAACUGCGGACUGGUAGGGCACACGACUGGGGAGGUGCAGAGAGGCAACUAG